CCAGUUGAAACAAAAAAAUAUUUAUAAUGAAUAUUUGGCAAAAUACGCAGCGGGCAGCCUAUUCCAUUCGCUUUGUGAGGUCAGCUUCCACACAGACGGCGGCCCAGGCUUUUCAGGUGACUGAAAAUGUGACCACAGAGCCGAGACCCUACAGUGAGAUUCCGCGACCCGGAAAAUUGGAAUUCAUUCGGGCUUUCAUGCCGGGCGGCGAGUUUCACGAUGCAUCUAUAGUGGAUUUUGCCAUGGCAAUGAGAAAACGCUAUGGCGAUAUCUUUAUAAUGCCAGGAGUAUUUGGCAGAAAGGACUGGGUCACUACGUUCAGUCCCAAGGAUAUAGCCAUGGUUUUUCGGAACGAGGGAAAUUGGCCAAACAGAGAGACCUUCGGUUCGCUUACCUACUUUCGCACUCACAAAAGACCCGAUGUUUAUGGGGAUAUGCUGGGUCUAGUAUCUGCUCAGUCAGAGGCUUGGGGUAAAAUGCGUUCAGCCCUCAAUCCAAUAUUUAUGCAACCAAAGGGUCUAAAGUCCUACUACGAACCACUUUCCGACAUAAACAAUGAGUUUAUUGAGCGUAUCAAAGAGGUAAGAGACUCCAAGACCCUGGAAGUCCCCGAAAACUUCAUGGAGGAGAUCAGCCGUUUGAUCUUUGAUUCUCUGAGUCUGGUGGCCUUCGAUCGGCAAAUGGGUCUCCUUCGUAAGAACCGAGAUAAUCCCGAUGCCUUGACAUUGUUCAAGCAAUCGAAAGAGGCCCUGAGGUAUGUCUUCGAGUUGGAUGUCCAGCCUUCUAUGUGGAAGGUUUUUCCCACGCCCACAUACAGGAAAAUGAUGCGACUGCUGGAUGAGAGCUUAACGGUGGCUCAGAAAUUGCUUAAGGAAACCCAGGACUUACUGGAAAAGCGUCGACUGGCUGGCGAAACAAUCAAUAGCAAUAGCAUGCUUGAAAGGAUGAUGGAGGUGGAUCCCAAGAUGGCCAUGAUCAUGAGUCUGGACAUUCUGUUUGCAGGCGUCGAUGCCACAUCCAAUCUUCUCUCGGCUGUGCUGCUUUGUUUGGCCAAAAAUCCCGAGAAGCAGGCCAAGUUAAGGGAAGAACUCCUCAAGAUAAUGCCCACAAAGGAUACAGCUCUGAAUGAGGAGACCAUGAAGGAUAUGCCUUAUUUGAGGGCUGUGAUUAAGGAGGCCCUGCGUUACUAUCCCAAUGGCCUGGGUAACCUGCGUGCCUGUCCCUCGGAUGUGGUCCUUUCGGGUUAUAAUGUGCCCAAGGACAGUACCGUGGUGCUGGGAUCGAAUGUCCUCUUCCAGGACAACAACUACUAUCCGCAGGCCGAGGAGUUCCUACCGGAACGUUGGCUCCGGGAUGCUGAGACUGGAAAGAAGAUACCUGUGAAUGCCUUUACCUACCUGCCCUUCGGAUUCGGUCCUCGAAUGUGUAUUGGCAAGAGAUUGGUGGACCUCGAGGUGGAGACGAGUGUGGCCAAGGUGAUCAGGAACUUCCAGGUGGAAUUCAACUACGAUGCUAGUCGCCCCUACAAGACCUUCUUCAUCAUGGAAGCCGCCAUACCAUUCCGCUUUAAGUUUACCGACCUAGAUUACUAAAAAUAAAUCCAAAUUGGCUGAU